UUGACGAGAGGUUUUAUUUUCCGUUUGGUUGACGAGAAAAAGAAAAGGCGAGAAAAUAAGGAGAGAAAGUGACUCGAAAAAUGAGCGGUGGGUUUGCAGCUUCGGCUUCUCCACCCAUUGUUUCUUCUUAUUUGCCUUCUAAAUCCAAAACACGCCAUUGCUAUUCAUCGAGCUUUGUCAAUCCUUGUACUACAAGUAGUACAACUACCCCGGAUUUCAAGCCCAGAGCCAUCAGAUUUUCCAAAGCAAACGGAUCUCAGACAAGACUACGAGUUUUCAAUAGCAGUACGAGACCUGGAGGAGGUGAUAAUGAGAGCAAAAGUGUUUUGGACGCAUUUUUCUUGGGAAAGGCUCUGGCAGAAGCAUUGAAUGAGCGUAUUGAGUCCGCAGUUGGGGAGUUUUUUAGCACAAUUGGUCGGCUGCAAUCUGAGCAACAAAAGCAAGUGCAGGAAUUCCAGGUAAAGAGCCUUUUGAGUUGCUUUCUUCAGUUUCACUACAGAUUUAGCUAA